CGAUAGUCAAAUUUGAUAGCAUUCGCCUUUGUCCACCACUAACCACGCGUUGUUAUUAUUGUUAACAACUUUAAUAUUGGUUGUCUUUUUAAAUGGUCGAAGUAAAAAAAGAUGAUGCGGGUGUGGAUAACACCUGGGAGCCAGGCGACAGUAAGGAAUGGGCCAAGCCUAUCAAACCAUUGCAGGAGAAGUGGAAACUGGUGCCGGCUUUCUUGCAAGUCAAAGGACUUGUCAAACAGCACAUCGAUUCGUUUAAUCAUUUCAUCAAUGUGGAUAUCAAGAAAAUUGUGCGUGCCAAUGAAAUUGUAACCAGUGGCGCAGAUCCGCUUUUCUAUCUCAAGUAUUUGGACGUACGCGUGGGCAAGCCUGACAUUGACGAUGGCUUUAACAUAACCAAGGCGACCACGCCGCACGAGUGCCGGCUGCGAGACACCACCUACUCAGCUCCCAUCAGCGUGGACAUUGAGUAUACGCGGGGCACCCAACGUAUUAAGCGCAACAAUUUACUCAUUGGACGCAUGCCCUUAAUGUUAAGAUGCUCGAAUUGUGUGCUGACAGGCAAAUCCGAAUUCGAGCUAUCCAAGCUGAACGAGUGCCCGCUUGAUCCGGGUGGUUAUUUCGUAGUGCGUGGCCAAGAGAAAGUUAUUCUUAUACAGGAGCAGCUGUCAUGGAACAAAAUGCUGACAGAAGACUUUAAUGGGGUCGUUCAGUGUCAGGUCACAUCGUCGACGCACGAGAAGAAGUCGCGUACGUUGGUGCUGAGCAAGCAUGGCAAAUACUAUCUGAAACACAACUCAAUGACGGACGACAUACCCAUUGUGGUAAUAUUCAAGGCUCUGGGCGUCGUGUCCGACCAGGAGAUAAUGGCUCACAUUGGUCUAGAUGCGCGUUCCCAGAAUCGCUUUGGUGCCUCUCUCUUGGAGGCGUUCAAUCUGAAAGUCUUCACACAGCAGCGCGCCCUGGACUACAUGGGGUCCAAGUUGGUGGUGAAGCGUUUUCAAAGCGCCACAACUAAAUCACCCUCAGAGGAGGCCCGCGAGCUACUUUUGACCACCAUACUGGCCCAUGUGCCUGUCGACAAUUUCAACUUUCAAAUGAAGGCGAUUUAUGUAUCGUUAAUGGUGCGACGCGUGAUGGCCGCAGAGCUGGACAAGACGCUAUUCGAUGAUCGUGACUACUAUGGCAAUAAGCGAUUGGAGUUGGCUGGUUCCUUGAUAUCGCUGAUGUUUGAGGAUCUAUUCAAGCGUAUGAAUUGGGAACUUAAGAUGAUAGCCGACAAGAAUAUACCUAAGGUGAAGGCGGCACAGUUCGAUGUGGUCAAGCACAUGAGAGCGGCACAGAUAACCGUUGGCCUCGAGUCUGCCAUCAGUUCUGGCAAUUGGACAAUUAAACGUUUUAAAAUGGAGCGCGCUGGUGUUACCCAGGUGCUGUCGCGGCUCAGCUACAUCUCGGCGCUGGGUAUGAUGACACGAGUGAACUCACAGUUUGAGAAGACGCGCAAGGUGUCCGGACCACGUUCACUGCAGCCCAGUCAAUGGGGCAUGCUAUGUCCCUCAGAUACGCCCGAGGGUGAAGCUUGUGGUCUAGUUAAGAAUUUGGCACUAAUGACGCACAUAACGACCGAAGUGGAUGAACGGCCAGUCAUGACGUUGGCCUACAAUGCUGGCGUCGAGGACAUACGUGAGGUCAGCGGCAAUCCAAUCAAUAAUCCACACGUUUUCCUUGUUUUCAUCAAUGGCAAUGUGCUUGGUUUGACCAUUAAUCAACGGCAUCUGGUGCACAACCUGCGCUACAUGCGUCGCAAGGGACGCAUGGGCAGUUUCGUCUCCAUACACACGUCAUACACACAGCGCUGCAUCUUCAUUCACACGGACGGCGGACGGUUGUGCCGUCCAUAUAUCAUAGUGGAGAAAUCGCGUCCACUUGUGCUGCAGCGUCAUUUGGAUGAACUGUUGCGGGGCGUGCGUAAAUUUGAUGACUUUUUGCAUGACGGAUUGAUUGAGUACUUGGAUGUGAAUGAGGAGAAUGAUUCAUUUAUUGCAUGGAACGAGGAGUACAUUGAGCCACACACAACGCAUCUGGAAAUUGAACCGUUUACAUUGCUGGGCGUCUGUGCUGGCCUGGUGCCGUAUCCACAUCACAAUCAGAGUCCACGUAAUACCUAUCAAUGUGCCAUGGGCAAACAAGCAAUGGGCAUGAUUGGCUACAACCAAAAGAAUCGCAUCGAUUCUCUCAUGUACAACUUGGUCUAUCCGCAAGCCCCAAUGGUCAAGUCACGCACCAUUGAGCUGACCAACUUUGAUAAGUUGCCCGCUGGCCAGAACGCCACGGUGGCUGUCAUGAGCUACUCAGGCUAUGAUAUUGAAGAUGCACUUAUCCUAAACAAGGCCUCAAUUGAUCGAGGUUAUGGGCGUUGUCUGGUCUACAAGAAUUCGAAAUGCACUGUAAAGCGUUAUGCAAAUCAGACCUUUGAUAGGAUUAUGGGUCCUGUGAAGGAUGCUCUAACUAAUAAGGUGAUUUUCAAGCACGAUGUGCUGGACACGGAUGGCAUUGUGGCACCCGGUGAACAGGUGCAAAACAAACAAAUCAUGAUUAACAAGGAAAUGCCUGCGGUGACAUCCAUUAACCCACUUGAAGGUCAAUCGCAGGUUCCCUAUACCGCUGUCCCCAUAAGCUACAAGGGACCCGAGCCCAGUUAUAUUGAGCGGGUGAUGGUCUCGGCCAAUGCCGAGGAAGAUUUUCUCAUCAAGAUUUUGUUGCGGCAGACACGCAUACCCGAGAUUGGCGAUAAGUUCAGCUCGCGGCAUGGACAGAAGGGCGUAACGGGUCUCAUUGUGGAUCAGGAGGACAUGCCGUUUAAUGACUUUGGCAUAUGCCCAGACAUGAUCAUGAAUCCGCACGGAUUCCCUUCCCGCAUGACAGUGGGCAAGACCUUGGAGUUGUUGGGCGGUAAGGCUGGCGUCUUGGAGGGUAAAUUCCACUACGGCACAGCCUUUGGCGGUUCCAAAGCAGUUGAUGUGCAGGCAGAGCUGGUGCGGCAUGGCUUUAACUAUAUGGGCAAAGACUUUUUCUACUCAGGCAUAACGGGUGGACCAUUGGAGGCAUACAUUUACUCGGGCCCUGUAUACUAUCAGAAACUGAAGCAUAUGGUGCAGGACAAGAUGCAUGCCAGAGCACGUGGUCCCAAGGCUGUGCUCACACGCCAGCCCACCCAGGGCCGCAGUCGCGAGGGUGGCCUGCGUCUGGGUGAAAUGGAGCGUGAUUGUCUUAUAUCUUAUGGAGCGAGUAUGUUAAUAAUGGAACGAUUAAUGAUAUCAUCCGACGCCUUUGAGGUGGACGUUUGCCGCACCUGUGGCAGAUUGGCCUACUGCUCAUGGUGUCACUUCUGUCAGUCGUCGGCCCAUGUCUCUAAGAUAUCGAUGCCGUAUGCCUGUAAGCUGUUAUUCCAGGAACUGACUAGCAUGAAUGUGGUGCCAAAGCUAAUACUGGAGAAUUACUAGUAAAAGCUAGAGAUUUAAUAUAUACAUAUAAAUAUAUUUAAAUGAAUGAAGAA